AUGGUCCGCAAAUUCAAGUAUCACGAGCAGAAAUUGCUCAAGAAAGUCGACUUUUUAAACUGGAAACAAGAUGCAAAUAUUCGUGAGAUCAAAGUCAUUCGCAGGUACCAUAUCCAGGACAGAGAAGAUUACCACAAGUACAACAAGCUUUGCGGUGCUCUAAGAUCAUUUGCACACCGUCUAUCCGUUCUACCGGCUCAAGACCCGUUUCGUACCCGCAUGGAGUCACAGCUGCUCUCUAAACUCUAUGACAUUGGCGUACUUAACUCCCAAGCAAAAUUAAGUGACGUUGACAACAAGCUCACCGUUGCUGCCUUUUGCAGGCGUCGCCUUGCCGUUUUCAUGUGCAUGAGCAAGAUGGCAGAAACAGUCAGCGCAGCUGCAAAAUUUAUCGAACAAGGUCACGUCCGUGUUGGUCCAGAUAAUAUCACCGAUCCCGCUUUUCUUGUCACGAGACACAUGGAAGACUUCGUCACUUGGGUGGACACUUCUAAGUUGAAGAGAACCAUCAUGAACUACAACGACGAGCUCGACGAUUACGAUCUACUAUGA